AUGUCUUCAGAUUCCAAGGCCCAUGUGCCUCUGGUCAUCCUCGGGGCGGGGGUGAUUGGACUUACCACCGCCUACAUUGCAGCCUGUGACUCAGAUGUGGCCUUUGAUAUCACGAUCAUAGCAAGAGAUAUGCCUGGUGAUUGGCAUUCUCAAGCUUGGGCAAGUCCAUUCGCUGGCGCAAGUUGGUCUCCAAAUCCAUUAGGUGGCACGGACGAGCGCGUGCGACGAUGGGAGCAGAUAAGCUUUGAUAGGUUAUGGGAAAUGGCGCCAUCAGGCUUGGUCAAGAGGUCACCCUCUAAGGUCCUCGGAGAAACGGAUGGUGUUCUUUCUACUAUCUGGUGGAAAGACCUUGUGCGUGAUUUUAGUUUGCUCUCAGAGUCUGAAGUCCCUGCACCAUACAAAGUGGGAAUUUCUUUCAAGACGGUCACCAUCAACCCGACGGAGUAUUUAUCAUGGCUUCGAUCAGAGCUGGAGUCUCGUGGUGUUGUGUUCCGUCGCCAGUACAUAAGGAGCUUGGAUGAAGUCAAGCCUUUUGUAGGGAAAAUUGGGCUGUUGGUCAACGCAACGUCUCUCGGUUCACGGUCUUUAAUCGGAGUAGAAGAUACAACCAUGUAUCCGAUCAGGGGACAAUCUAUUGUAGUCGAAUGUACUGGCUUGAAGGAAUUCGUGACAGUACGGUCCGGUGGCGGGUUAUCAGAACAGGCCACAUCCAUUAUUCCUCGUCCUGGACUGACACAAACGAAUACCGCGUUUCUAAACGGAACAUAUCAAGUAGGAAACUGGGACACGUCCUUGGAUAUGUCGGCUGCGAAAGGGAUAUUUGAGCGGUGCUCCGCCAUAGCGCCAUGUUUGAAAGAUGAAGGGACGAAGAUCCUUAUGCACAACGUUGGCCUCAGGCCGGAUAGGAAAGGUGGUCCACGUGUGGAAGCUGAGCGCAUCUCGCUUCCUCUUGUACGAAAUGACGGUUUAGCUCCCAACCCGGGUGAGGAUGCCGAACAACAGCAGAACAUAACAGUUAUUCACGCAUAUGGAAUGGGAGCUGCAGGCUACCAAAGAUCCUGGGGUGUAGCUAUCGAGGUUCUAUCUCUACUGAAGGAGAACAUGUAG